UACACAUAGAUACCAUCAUAGUCCAAGUCCAACACCAUCAAAUAUUUAUAGAUACAUUUAUAAGUGUACAUUUUAGUGCAAUCUGUCACACGUGCCGGGUUCAUAAAACUCUUUACUUAUUAUAUUAAUAAAUAAACAAAAAUGAGUACCCCAACUAUUGAAAGUAAUCAAAAACAAUGCAAAAUAAGCCAAGAAAAUAAUUUAAAAGAUAAAGAGUCAGAAGAAAUGUUGAUAACUGAAGAUGAAUUAAAUGCAAUUAAAAAUAAUUGGCUGACAAAAACACAAUUGACAUCCAAUAAAUUAGAAUAUCCAGUGCUACCUAAAAAAGAGGCACGUAAUAUUUUGAUAACCUCAGCACUACCGUAUGUUAAUAAUAUUCCGCAUUUAGGAAAUAUAAUUGGCUGUGUACUGUCAGCAGAUAUUUUUGCUCGUUAUUGUCGUCAGAGAAAUUAUAACACCUUGUACAUAGGAGGUACUGAUGAAUAUGGUACCGCUACGGAAGCUAAAGUACUUGAAGAAAAGAUGUCAUGCAAAGAAAUAUGUGAUAAAUAUUACAAUAUUCAUGACGAAGUUUACCGCUGGUUCAAUAUCGCAUUCGAUCGUUUUGGACGUACGACUACUAAAGAACAAACGGAGGUUGUUCAAGAUUUUUUCCUGAGAGUUAAAGACGAGGGGUUCAUUUUCACUGAUACAGUUGAUCAGCUGCGAUGUGAGAACUGUGAAAAAUUUUUGGCCGAUCGUUUCGUCGAGGGAACUUGUCCUGAUUGUAAAUAUGAGGAUGCGAGAGGUGACCAGUGUGAUGGCUGUGGUCAUCUGAUUAAUGCUCCGGAAUUAAUUAAUCCGAGAUGUAAAUUGUGCAACCAGACACCGGUCAUUAAAUCCUCGGAACAUUUCUUUUUGGAUCUUCCUAAGAUUGAACCAAAAGUUAAAGAAUGGGUCGCAGAAGCCGAGAGUAAAUGGUCAUCGGUAGCCAGAGCAAUAGCAAAACCCUGGUUGCGUGAUGGAUUGAAAUCACGUUGCAUUACCCGUGAUAUUAAAUGGGGAAUACCAGUCCCACUGGAGGGAUACGAAGACAAAGUAUUUUACGUUUGGUUCGAUGCACCUCUUGGUUAUUUGAGUAUCUCCAAAAAUUACCACAAAGACUACGAACAGUGGUGGAAACCUGAAAAGGAAAUGGAUGUUUCAUUGUAUCAAUUCAUGGCUAAAGAUAACGUACCCUUCCACGCAAUAAUGUUCCCCGCAUCUCUGCUAGCUGCUAAUCAAGGAUAUAUUCUUGUGAAGCACAUCAUGGCCGUCGAGUAUCUUAAUUACGAAGAUACUAAAUUCUCAAAGUCACGUGGUGUUGGCGUUUUUGGCACUGACGCACGUGAUACUGGAAUACCUGCUGAUGUUUGGAGAUUUUAUUUAGCGUAUGUCCGUCCCGAAGGUCAAGAUACGAAUUUCAACUGGACUGAUUUAGCGACUAAAACCAAUAGUGAACUAUUGAAUAAUUUUGGCAAUUUUGUUAACAGAUCUCUUGCAUUUGCUGAAAAAAAUUACGAUGGGGUAAUCCAAGAAAUGGAACUACGUGACGAGGAAUACAAUUUAUUGGCCCAUGUACAACGUGAAUUAACACAAUAUAACUUAUUAAUGGAACAAGCUAAGCUUCGUGAUAGUUUGAAAUUAAUUUUAUCGAUAUCCAAGCUCGGUAACCAGUAUCUGCAAGCACAGCAACCCUGGGCUAAGAUUAAAGGAAAUGAUGACGACAAAAAAAUUGCUGGAACAGUUUCGGGUAUUUGUUGCAAUUUAAGUUGUCUUCUGUCAUCGCUGAUUGGUCCAUUUAUGCCCAUGAUAUCACUUGCUUUGAGAUCUCAACUAGGUCUUGAAUCUCAUUACGGAUUAAUACCGGACACGGUGACGAUUUUAUUGGAACCGGGACAUAAAAUUGGCAAAUCAUUUCCGCUGUUCACUAGAAUCACUGACAAAGAAAUUCAAGCUUACCGUGAUAAAUUCGGUGGCGUUAAAGAAGAAAAAGUUAAGAAAAAUAAAAAAACUCAGAAGCAAAGCAAACAAAAUAAAAACCCAGUGGCUGAAUUAGAAAAAUCAAUGGCCGAUUUGAAGAAUUAAUUUAGAUAAAAAUCUAUUUAAUUUUUGUUAAUUUUCUUAAUUAAAUUCAAUGACUAGACAAUUUUUUUUACUUAAAUUUUUGCUGUAAUUAUUUAUUUUAUUUAUAAAAACAAAGUGGGUCAUUUUUA